AUGAGUCAUUUGCCCCAGUGCUUUGAUGAGGGACAAAUGGAGGUGAAGCGUCUGGUUCAGGCCCAGACAGGACUGAUCUGGCUGGCCAAACAGAUCUUCGGUCCCGGGUCUACUCCUGAGGACCUGGUAGAUCAUUUAAAUGGCUCCGACCUAUUGGAGGAAUAUCCCAUUUCCCCAAGUGGUCUUACCCGGAUGAGAGAGUUCUCUCACAAGCUGGCUCUUGGGGGUCCCAAUAAGUUCACCAUGUGCCCGGUGAACUCGGUGGCUGUUCUCCUUCAUUGGAGGGUCGUUGGGAACCUUCUCAACCUGCUUACCGAGGAGCAGAGAGCCAGGUUUAAGGCUCUCUUUAGUCUUGGUUUGGCACCACAGCUACAGUCACUGGCAAGUGUGACCAGCCCAAAGGAGGUCGGACCCACUGCACUGGUCACAGCCAAGCCACUGUUCAGACAAGAGGAGGAGGGUCCUAUGGAGGCAGAGACCCCACCGGAAAUGCCAUCCCCAGCUAUGGAGCAGGUUUUGGACGUCCUCGUCUUGGAUGAGGGCGCCUCAGAGUUUGAUGGUCAGUCCCUUGCGGGUCCCAUCUCACCUCAGGCCAUUGACUCUCACUGUCAUCUGGAUCGUCUCCAACUUAGACAGUUUGGCAAGUACCUAGAAAGUAGGUCUUUGGAGGACACCCUAAAGCCAGGACCCCAGCAACAUCCAGAUCGACCAUUUCAGUUGGUUAGUGUGGUGUCCGUACAUUGUGACCCGGACACAUAUCCUAAGGUCACAGGCCAGGACACAAGGAUCCACCACGCUAUUGGUCUGCAUCCUAAGAAGGCAGACCAAUUUAACCAGGCUAUCAAGGAGAAGAUCUGCCACCUCCUGAAACAGCCUCAAGUCGUCGCCCUAGGGGAGAUCGGUAUCGACCAGUCCACCCCUCCAGCCUCCUGGGUGCGACAGAGGGAGGUGUUCCAAAGCCUGCUUAAACUCAAGCCAUCAGGCCUACCGGUGGUAGUCCAUUGCCGUGGCAACGCAAUGGACAAGAAGAAGAAUUUUGGUGCUGUGGCCCAUUGCCUUGCUAUAGGCAUCCUAGAUAGGCACUGCCAGGAAUCCAAAGCAGAUAGUGUAUCAGACAUGGCCAUUCAUGUCCAUUGCUUUGGGGGAGAUUACCAGGUUCUAGAGGCCUGGUUGGUCAAAUUCCCCAGGGCCUACUUUGGAUUUUCUGGAAUGGUGGCGAGAUUCACAUCUCAACAAAAGAGAGCUGUAAGGAGGGUACCAGAAGAUAGGCUACUCCUAGAGACAGAUGCACCCUACCUGUCCCCGAGAAAUAACAGGAUCAGCACCCCCAAUGAUAUAGGCGAGGUGGCCUACUUGGUAUCAAGGAUCCGUGGGACAACAGUGGAAUCGGUUCUCGCCACCACCACAGCCAACAGCCAAGCCCUGUACCACUUCUAGUAAGUGACUAUAAGGACACCCGGGUUACUCCUGGGGGUCAGGAAAGUGGUACAGCCACGAUAAACAACUCACCCCAUCAAGUACCCGUGUCCAUUCAUGGGUAUUUUGCAUCUUAAUUAUCCGAUGCUAAUUGUGGGGUACAAACCCUCAACACCUCGCAUGAUUGAAUGUGUGGAGUAGGGCUGCAAGGAUUUAAAAACUAGUACAAGGAAAUACAAGACACAGUGAAUCAAGUACCCGUGUCUAUUCAUGGGUAUUUUGCAUCUUAAAUUAUCUGAUGCCAUAGGCUGUGGGGAUACCAUUAAACCUACAGACCCUUAACACCUCGCAUGAUUGAAUGUGUGGAUUAAGGUUGCAAGAAUAUAGAAACUCCAUAUUGACACAGUUAAUCAAGUACCCGUGUCCAUUCAUGGGUACAAACCCUUAACGCCUCGCAUGAUUGAAUGUGUGGAGUAAGGUUUUCCAGCAAUAUUAAAGCAUCCCUCCCAGCGAUGACGGACGUCUUCGGAUGUGCCAGAGCGGCUAAAAAAUAAGGUGUUCCUCCAGCAAUGACGGACGUCUCCGGAUGUGCCUGAGCAGAAAAGAUGGGGGAGGACCUUCAGCAAUGACGGACGUCCUCGGAUGUACCCGAGCUUAGAAAACAGGGAGGAGUGUUGUGUGAGACGAUCUCUACUUCCGUCGGAGACAUUCGGUUUCCCUCGGAAGUGUUCGGGCAGCCGAGGCCGAGGUGCACGUGGCCGAGCGCUGCCGGAAAAGGGAUCGUCUGCAACGAAGCUUCGAGAAAGUGGAUCGUACUACGUCCAAUUGGAUCCGCAGAGGCGUCGACACGACAACAUCAUGCCUGAUGCAUGACUGUGAACCAUUUCCUACUGCUUGGGGAAUCCAUUGCUGGUGUAUGUGAAACCAACCGUGUAAGGGCACAUCCAAUGACCUUGACCUUGACCCUGUAUAAGGUCGACGGCAUUGUUACUAGCGGGACGCGAUUACAAGGAAGGAUGUAUAGCGUGCCGUCAACACUUUGAUAACGAAGGAAAUAUAGUUGGAGAACGCCACUGCUUUUACAAAGGAG